UGCAACAGCGAACGGGAAGACAUACCAUCGGCCAUCCUCUCUCUCUCGCUCUGUCACACUUAAAACUCUCUCUCUCAUCGAUUGCUUCCAACAAAGAGAUGCAAAAACCCACAGAUCAAAACCCUAAUUUUCACGGUCCGUUACUGUAAUGGUCUCUCUCUUCUUUCCGAUCCAGCUAUAUCAAAACCCUAAAUUUUUGGAGCUUCUUCUAGAUUAAACUGAAACCCUAGAAUUUGUGCCUCGCUAUGCUUAUACAGAGCUAGUUUCAUCGAAAUUCGGGAACUUAUGGUGAUAAUUUCUUGAUUCAUUUCCUAUAUCGUGCGAGAUUCGGCUUUUGAUUUGUGAGAUACAUAUGAAUGUUUUGGGAUUGAAUUUCUGAGAAUAGGUUUGUGGAAGAUCGUUGGAAUUGCGGAGAGGGAGUUUGGGUGGUGUCUGAAUUUUUGGUUUCGUUGGGGUUUUAUUGAAGGUUGAGGUAGAUCGUAGAAAGGAGAAGCAAGCUCUUAGAGUUAGCAGUUUGGAUUUUGAUCUGAUUUAGAUAAGUUGGGGUUGAAAUAUUGCUUGGAAAUGCUAAAAAAAUCGAUGGAUGAGCCGGAAUUAGUACUUUGGUUGCACUAAAAUAUAGGGUUUACCAGCGUAGUCUAUUGAAUUAGGAGUUGGAUUAUCAUUAUAUGGAUAUACUUGUUGAAAAUUCAAGGAGGUGGGGGUGUUUUUAGUGGUUCAAAUGGUGAUAUGAUAUCUGGGCAUUCUUUAAUGGGCAAGGGAUUUUGUUAGAGUUGUUGAAGCUUUCCGAGUAUUUGUUUCCUUGGCUGAGGCCGCACGCGGAUUUCUUGCUACCAGGAUAUUGUUUUUACUAAACUUUGCAGAAUGAGCUCAGAGAACGAAGACCAAAACUCAUUGGACCAGCCGGCGGAAACGAAUCAUGAAUCACACAAGAAGUUGAGAUUUUCAUAUACAAGGGAGUUCUUAUUGUCAUUAUGCGAAUUGGAUGUUUGCAAACAGUUGCCUGGUGGGUUUGACCCAUCUAUUCUAAGUGAGUUGGAGGAUUCUUUCCAAGAUCGGCAAAGAAUUUCUGGUGGUUUGUCAUCACAAAGUUUCAGGCGUAAUGAAUAUGGUUCAUCCCCACCUACCAGAGGGGAUUUGAGUAGCUAUUCUCGGGGUGUCCAGGGAAGAUGGGAAAGUCGUUCUGUACGGAGUGAAAGAGACAGUGACUCACAAUCUGAUUGGGAGUCAGAUUCUGGUAGACGUUAUGGCAACCAACCUCGGCGAUCUUGGCAAGUUCCUGAGCAUGAUGGACUUCUUGGUAGUGGUUCUUUUCCAAGACCAUCUGGAUAUGCAGCCGGAGUGUCGGCUCCAAAGAUUCGAGCUAAUGAACCCGUCCAGCUUAGUAAGAGCAAUGAGCCAUACCAUCCUCCUCGUCCUUAUAAGGCAGUACCUCACUCACGCAGGGAAGGCAAUGAUUCACUCAACGAUGAAACAUUUGGUUCUUCUGAGUAUACAAGUGAGGAUAGAGCAGAAGAGGAAAGAAAGAGAAGAGCUUCCUUUGAGUUAAUGAGAAAGGAACAACAUAAAGCAUUCCAAGAAAAGCAGAAGUUAAAUCCAGAUAAGCGUAAAGAUGAGUUUGACCUAACCACUCUGCUGGAGGAUUCAAAAGAUGAGAAGAGACUUUUGAAUAGAAGCAAUGAGUCUGAUUACCCCGUGAUAAUAAAAACAUCGAAUAAAGAUUCUGAAAAACCUUCUCUCCCCCCACAAAUUUCUCAAUCCAGACCACUUGUACCACCAGGUUUUGCAAGCACGAUUUCGGAAAGGAACUCUGGACCCAAGCCUGCAAUUCAUCCCCGUACAACGGAGGUUGUGAAUCCUGAACUUGGGAACAGCCUUUCAAAUGCCAAAGGUAACCAAAUGUUAGAUGGGACUUCCGAUAAUCAAGUGGAGAAACAAUCGGCAGAGCAGAAAGGUUUGAUUGAGCAGCAACUGGGAAGCACUAUUAUUAAUAUUUCAAUUAGUAACAAGAGUGACAAGAAUCUGAAUGUACCAUCUAGUAAGACAAUUUAUGUGGAUAGUCAAUUGCACAAUACUUCUCAUCUUUCAGAAGCCUUGGAAACUUCAGAAAAUAUAGAAGCCAUUGAGCUUAAUGCUGGGAAGGUGACAGGGAAUAAAAUAGUUGAUGAAUCCAAUCAAGUUCAUUCAACUUCAAUCCUAGAUAAGCUUUUUGGCUCCACUUUAAUAUCAAGCGAUGGUGGGUCCUCUAGUUUCACUGAGCAUCAUGAUAGUAAAGCAGAUGAGGCUUGGAGCCCUCGUGCUGCCCAUUCUUCCAAGUUUGCUCGUUGGUUUCUUGAAGAAGAAAAGAAACCGGUGGAUGAUCUCUCCUCCAGCGGGCCAAAUGACUUGCUCUCUUUGAUUGUUGGUGGUGAGAAAGUUGGAUCCCAGGUUUCUGAUUUGAAGAAUACUGAGAACAUUUUACCUAAUUUUCCUUCUGAAAGCUCCAAACCUGCAGAGGGGCAUACGACUUCAAAUAUAACAUCUGCUGUAGUUGAAAAUUCUGAGCAGUUGUACAAGAAUAAUAAACCUCAGGCGGUUCCAGCUGUCCUUACUUGUGAAUACCUUGAACAGUCAAUUUUGUCAGAAAUUAGCGAAAGUGGCUCGACUUUGCGGCCACCUGUUCAAGUCUUGAGCAUUCCUGAUGCAAAGGCUGAGCAGCCAAAAGCUAAUAUUGAUGAUCAUGCAUCUCAGCACCUCCUUUCACUGUUACAGAAGGGAACAGGCCUGAAAGAUAUUGCACCAUCCCCCAAUCUAGACAUCGGAUCUUCAGAUAAACCACAUAACAGUGACGGGGCAAGUUUUGACACUGCACCUCAGACAAAAGAGGUAAAUGCUGAUAAAUCUUCCAAUUCACAGAAUCUGACUCUUGAAACACUCUUUGGAACUGCUUUUAUGAAGGAGCUGCAGUCAGUUGGAGCACCAGUUUCCGUCCAGAGAGGCUCAGUUGGGUCUGCGAGAGUUGAUGUUUCACAGCCUCAUGAGUUUCCUUUUCCUGUUAUGGAUGAUGGCCUUGUUCUUAAAAAUGAAAUUGGGUCCAAUACAACUAGUUAUGAAAGCAAUGUUUUGACCUCCAAGCAAAGACUGCAAACCAAACCUGUAAAGAUUGAAGAGCAAUGGUUAGGUUUUGAUGAUCUUCAAAGAGGACUGGAUUCAGCACAGCCUCAUACUCGAUUAAAGUCUAAGCUUGAUGGCUUUGACGGCCCUGUUGAUAUGCGACUUCCUGAAGAGGAUAGCUUGAUUACAGCUAAUGCUCCUUUGAACCUUCAAAACUAUGCGACUGCUGGGAAUACAGCUAGAACUGAGUUGUUACCCUUCCCAAACACUGAAGUUGACAUUGCUGAAAAACUAGCAGCUUUCAACAUCUUCAAAGAUGAAAGAUCUUUCAUGGGAGGUCAAGAAGGUCCACCUUUUCUUCGUGGUCCUUAUGAUGUGAGGGAGCCUGAUGUUCCCUAUCAGAAUCUUAGCAUCCAGUCAUCUUCCCCACAGCUUCACCCCCCUCAUUCUAAUCAUGCAGGACCGUUAUUCCAUCCAUUAGAUUCUCAUCCUGGUAAUAUUACUUCUCAGAUGAAGUUUAUGCCACCAGAGGGAAUCAUCCGUCAUGAUCCUCCAAAUCAUCAAUUUCCUGCAAAUAUUCUUCGUCCUCCGUUCCAUCACCCUAGCACUGGAUUGACUGGGUUUGAUUCUCCCAGUCAUCACCCUAUGUUGCAACAGAUGCAUAUGUCAGGCAACUUCGCUCCACCUCACAUGCUUCAAGGAUUUCCCAGGAGUGCACCAAUGCCGGCUCAGCCAAAUAGGGGUGCACCUCUGCCUCCUCAUGUUAACAAUCAGAUGACUGGUUUUGCGCCUGAACUCAACCCACUGCAAGCUUUUCCUUUUGGUCACCGGCAGCCCAACUUUGCUGGUCUUGGAAUGCGACCGCCAGCUCCUGAAGUUGGUGGUGGAAGUAAUCACCCAGAGGCCAUCCAAAGGCUUAUUGAGCUGGAACUCAGGUCAAAUUCAAAGCAGAUUCAGUCUUUUCCCGGUGGUGGCCAUGGUCAGGGGAUUUAUGGUCAUGAACUGGACAUGGGUUUUGGGUAUAGAUAGUUGAUUGGUGGUUGUGCUUGUGAAUAUUGCUAUGUAUCAACGUCUCUUGAUCAGAUGUGUAACUCCUUGCAUCAAUGAUGGGAUUAUUAUCCUUCUUUCCGGAGAAAUUAGGUGGCUUAGUGUAAUUAAUGGAUUUUUCUUGCAA